AUGACGCCUCUCAACGAGAAGAUUGCCAGAUCAAAUUCCUUCCAGGGACCUUUCUGUGUGGAGUUUGCAUGUAUGAAUGAGAGUGAACUGCUGGGUAUGGGCAUCAGUGACCUCUGUGGCACGGAAAGGAAGAAGCAGACAUUUGCUCACCACAGCAGCUUGAAGCUCCACGUAAAGCACGUUCACAGCACUGAGAGACUUUUUGAGUGUGACAUUUGUGCAAAGACCUUUAAACGAAAGAAGGAUGUCGCCCACCAUAAGAGACAGGUGCAUGAACAAAAACAACAAUACUUGUGCCCUGAGUGUGGGAAGACGCUCAGCUCCAAAGCUUCUUUGUGGGUGCACGAGAAAACUCACACGGGCAUCAAACCCUACGAGUGCACCAAGUGUCAGGCCAGAUUCACCCAGAAGUCUUCCCUCAAUAUGCAUCAAAGGAUACACACCGGAGAGAGACCGUUUGCAUGUAAUGAAUGUGAUGCCCGCUUCACUGAGAAGCACAUGUUGGUCCGUCACAAGAAAACACACUCAGGGUUAAAGCCCUACAUGUGUAACGCCUGUGGGAAAAAUUUUGCGUCUAAAGAAUACCUUAAACACCACUUCAACAUCCACACUGGCUCCAAGCCUUUUAAAUGUGACACUUGUGAAAGAAGCUUUGGUCAGAGGAACUCCCUCAGAGAGCAUUUAAAAAUACAUACAGGUGAGCGUCCGUACAAAUGUACAGUAUGUGGUAAACAGUUCACUCAGCUCGGCGCUCUCCAGCGGCACCAACGGAUCCACACGGGAGAGAAACCUUUCAUGUGUGCUCUCUGUAAACGAACUUUUACUGACCUGUCCACCUUUCGCAGGCACACUUUGGUUCAUGAUGUAGAAGCUCCAUGGAAGACCUACCUGGUGAUGCUGAAGGGAAAUAUUGAGGAAAAGAAGCCAAGGUCUCCCACUGAGGAAAAUGCAGAACAAGCGGAACCAGGGAAGAAAACUUGUGAAAGUCCAAGUGCUCCUGCUGUUUCUACUCCAGCUGUUUCUACUCCAGCUGUUUCUACUCCUGCUACCAGUUCUGCUCGUGGUGCUGGUACUACCCAAACUGAAACAACUGUGGUUCCAACUGAGUCGGUCACUCUCCCAUCCGACUGGACCAGUCAUUGA